GUGACAGCACCCUAGGCUUGGGUAUAUAACUCACCUUGCUUAUAAGCAAGCCGACACUGGUGAAAACUGCCUCGGAAAAGCAAUACCGGUAAAGUUGGAUGUAGCUAUAGAAAGCCUGUUAUAAAUAUACCAUGUCGCUUGGCAAGAGAAUAACGAGUCCAAGUGAUGCAGCCAUGGAUCUCGUGGUCAUGUUUCAGCUUCUUGCGAUGCUGAACACGGCCAUUGCGGUGAAUCAAACGGGGAAAGCUCUUGAUGUGUGCGAAUGGAAGAGACCCCUACUCGACUGCACGGGGAGAGGUCUUACGGAACUACCCAGAGGUAUCCCAAAUGGGACGAAAGCACUUUUACUCGGAGAGAAUUUCUUGCGGGAGAUACCUUACGAUGGUUUGCUGGAAUUGAGAUCCCUGGUCAGAAUAAAUGUAACCAACAACUUGAUCGAAACACCGUUUGAAUUGCCGGAGUCCGUCAUGAUCUUUACUGCACACGGGAAUCAACUUCAAGACAUCAAGCCAAUAGUGAAGAACGGUGUGAAGCUGGCAUCAGUGUAA